AUGUCGACGAAGGAGGAUAAGCCCGCGGUGGUCCCGGAAGUGGACGAUGACGAACCUGAUGAAUGGGACAAGCGGAUCUUCAGCACCGGUUGCGCAGUGGAGCAGGAUAAAAUGAACGACUGCUAUUUUGCGAAGAAGGACUGGAGACUGUGCAAGGACGAGGUGAGACGCGCUGAGACCGCUUGCAAACGAACGCAAGCACCGCAUCACACCUGUUCUAGCCUUGAUUUCACCUCGCCGUACACAAUGAACCAGAGAAUUGAAGCUGAUGAGUAUGUUCCGGCAGAUGGAAGCAUUUCGCGCGUGUUGGAAGCGCAAGGGCAAUGA